AUGGCUGCACCUCCAUCUACCAUGGUUUUGGGGAUAGGAACACCCCCAAAGUUUGCUGUUAUAAACAAGGGUCUGAGGUGGUUUGCCAUUUCUUUGGUUGGUUUGGAGAAGCAAAGGGGACCUGUUGUCAGCUUGUGGGUUGCUCCUUCUAUCCUGGGAUUGCCUGUUUGCUGUUCUGGCAUUUCUUCCGUUUCUGCCAACCUGCAUUCAAAACUUUCUUGGGAAAAUACGUCUCCGUCCAGAGUGCUCUUCUGUCCUUCUACCGCCCAGAACUUUUCUGGCAGAAUGAACACCAUAUUGAUGCCUAGGUCAACACGUAACAAGUCCUCCAGUUCUGCACCAAAGGCCUCAGUUUCCGCAUCCAAUUCUCCGUCAUAUCCAUCUGUUCUCCAUCAUAUUCCUCCGUCCAUUCUCCCAGUUCUUCUGUCCCGAGGAGGGUAUUCUGGUCAUCUGUGGAUGGCUCAUAAUCCAGCUGCUCCUCUUCAUCUUCCUCAACCCAGUCUUCUUGUCCUUCUCCUGAACAGGAUCGGUUCUUUCCUCUAG